AUGAAUAAUUUGUUAGGUGUUCCUGAAUCUGAUCGAGUACUGUUGCAAGUUCGAGAAUUAUCAAUACAAGUAUUGGAUAAAAAACAACAAAAAAAUCACCAUAAUGAUCCCGAGAAGGUACUAAGUAAAAUCAAAAUCUUGAAUAAUGUCUCAUUUGAUUUGCCGUGUGGAGAAAUACUAGCAAUUAUGGGAGGAAGUGGUAGUGGUAAAACAACUUUAUUGAAUACUCUAUUGGCCAGAAUUAAUUUCAAAAAUAAGAAACUAAAAUUCACUGGAAUUAUUAAAUAUUCAACAUCAUCAAACUUGAAACACAUCAAUAAUUCAUAUCUUUUACAGGACGAUGUUUUUUUGCCUGGUUUAACGGUUUUAGAAACUAUGAAAUUUCAAGCUGAUUUGAAACAACCUUCUCAUAUUUCAAAAGAUGAAAAAUUGGAAUUUAUUAAUUACUUAUUAAAAACACUAGAAAUAGAUCAUUUAAAGGACCAAAUUAUAAUGUCAUUUACUAAAAAAAUAUUAUUAUCAGGUGGUGAACAAAGAAGAUUAUCUUUGGCUAUUGUAUUGCUAGAUAAACCAUCAAUAUUAGCAUUAGAUGAACCAACUACAGGAUUAGAUUCACUUAGUUCUUUAACAUUAAUGAGAUUACUAAAAAAGUUAGCCAGUCCAGAAAUUGGAAUCACUAUUAUUUUGUCUAUUCAUCAACCAAGAGUAGAAGUCACUGAAUUAUUUGAUAAAAUUUGUUUAUUAACUUCUGGUGGUAGAAUGGUAUAUUAUGGUAAACCUACAGAUUCAACUAAUUAUUUCAACCAGUUAACUUUCCUAAAAGAUGAUUUAAAUGAUAGCGUAUCCUCAAAUUAUAUUGAUUAUAUUAUGAAACUUUCAGUAAAGGAUUCAUCAACAAAGUCAAAUGAAAAUGAAAGUUCACAAAGAAUUAAUAAAUUAGUGGAAAACUGGGAUCAUUACACAAGUUGGCCACCAGUAACUACCGAUCAAACUUUUGCAACUUUACCAAAAUUGUUUCAAAGGCUGAAUCAAAACAAAAUUUCUUUCCUACAAGAACUAUGGAUACAUACAAAACGAACAUUCUUAUUAACAUCAAGGGAUAGAUUAAUCUUAUUAUCGUUCUAUGGGGGAAGUGCGUCAGUUGCAGCAAUUGCAGGUUGGAUUUUCUUCAAACCAGAUCCCGAUUUAGCAGGAAUAAGAUCAAUAACUUCAGUAUCAUAUGUAAUGUUGGAGUUUUUAGCUUUUACUCCAGUUUUUAUUGAACUUGAAAAAUUAUGGAUGUUUGAUGGUAUUAAUUAUAUUCGAGAAUUUAGACAACAUAAUGUAACUCCAUUCAUAUUUAUACUAUCGAGAUUUAUUUCAGUAUCAAUAUUGCAAAGUAUUCCUAUUGGUGCAAUAUUUGCAUCAAUAACUUAUUUCAUGUGGGGGUUGAGAGCAGGCGCUGGUCAUUUUUUCAUAUAUUUUGCAACUUCAAUAUUAAUAACUUUAAUCGGUAUGGCUACUGGAAUGCUUUGCUUUGCAAUCAGUCAUGAAUUUGCGCUAUCUACAAUGUAUUUAAAUUUCAUUUAUCAGUUACUUAAUAGUUCUUGUGGAUUUUUUGUUAUAAAUCCUUUGGGGUGGAUACGUUGGGUGAAAUAUAUCUCUUAUUUUUGGUAUGGAUUUGGUGCAUUAAGCGCUAAUCAAUUUACUGACUGGGUGGGAAAUUGUCCAUUCGAUUCGAAUGAUGAUAGAUGUAUACAAUAUACUGGGAACUAUCAAUUACAUUUAUUGAGGUUUCCUAAAGGAUGGGUUGGUGAACCUAUUGGUAUUUUAGUUGUUUGGCUUUUUGGAUAUUAUUUGAUGGCUUGGAUUGCAUUAAGUUUUAGAUCUUUCGAGACACAAAUGUCAAAAACUAUAAAAAAUAAGAUUGGAGAAGAAGAAGAAGAAGAAGUAGAGGAACAAAUAACAAGUUUAGAUACUGAAAAAACAAUUCUGAAUGAAGAAACGGUUGCAGUUAAGGAAAUUAAAGAUACAGAUCAUAGUGAUUUAAUAGAUAUUGACUUACGCAUUGAAAAUAUCAGUCUACAAACCAAUAUGAACCCACCUGAUUGGAUUUUACAAAAUGUCAAUGCAUCUUUCCAAUCAAGUUCAUUAAAUGUUAUAAUGGGACCAUCGGGAAGUGGUAAAACCUCCUUAUUAAAAUUAUUGUCAAAUAGAUUAUCUAAUGGUUUAAAUUCUAAUGGAGAUAUUAUACUAAAUUCGGAUCAAUACGUAACACCAAAGGAAUUAUCAACUAUUUCAUCUUAUGUUGCUCAAAAUGAUUCAACUUUAAUUCCAACACUAACUAUUAGAGAAACAUUAUAUUUUCAAGCAAAAUUAAGAAUACCCGAAGAAGACCGUAACAAUAUUCCAAAUAUUGUAAAUAAACUAAUUAGGAAAAUGGGUUUAGUUGAUUGUGCAGAUAGAGUCAUUGGAUCUGAAUUUAGCAAAGGUAUUUCGGGUGGUGAAAAAAGAAGAACUUCUAUUGCAAUUCAAUUAUUAUCACGUCAUAAUAUAAUCUUUUUAGAUGAACCAACUUCGGGUUUAGAUUCUCAAACUGCUUUAUCUAUUUUUAAGAUGUUGAAAACUUUAGCAGAAAAAGAACAUACCACAAUAAUUUUAACGAUCCAUCAACCAAAUGAAGACAUGAUUAAUAUCUUUGAUAGAUUAUUAAUCUUGAACCAUGGGAAAGUACUAUUUGAUGGACUUCAAGCUCAAUUGAUCAGCUAUUUGGAUUCCAUUGGGUUACCUCCUCCAGCAAAUACAAAUGUUGUCAAUUAUACUUUAGACAUCAUAGCAACAGAUAAAAUUUUGAAUUUCCAACCAGUAGAAUUUUUACCACCACUUAAAAAAUCACAACCAAUAGAUUUAAUAUCUUAUCAAUUAAAACAAGCACCAUUUUUAACAAUUUUAUAUACAUUAACAGUCAGACAAUUUUUGACAACUUGGAGAUCAAUUGAUAUAUUAUUUUCUAGAAUUUUUCAAGUGAUCUUAUUAGGUGUGGUUCAUGUUAUGUUUUUCACACCAUUGAAAAACAAUCAAGCUGGUAUAGUAAAUCGUUUAGGUCUCAUACAAGAAGUUCUAAAUUUAUACUUCAUUGGAUUAAUCAAUAAUAUUUCAUUAUAUCCAAAGGAAAGAGAAAUUUUUUAUCAAGAAUAUAAGGAUGGAUUAUAUGGAGUUAAAGAAUUUACAUUGUCUUAUCUAAUAAAUGAGUUACCUGGUGAAAUUAUACCAACUUUAAUUUUUAGUGCAUUAAUUGUAUUUGCAAUAGGAUUACCAAGAAAUGCAGCAAUGUAUUUUGGAAUGACUUUUGCAUGUUUUGUAUGUAUAAAUAUUGGAGAAUCAUUAGGAAUAAUCAUGUUGAGUAUAUUUGAUCAUUUAGGUGUAGCAACAAACAUCUUGGGUACAAUUAUGACAAUAGCUGUAUUUAUGGGAGGUACUAUGAGUUUACAAAUGCCAAUCUUUUUCAGAGCAUGGAAUUGGAUAAAUCCGUUAAAAUAUGCAGUUGGUAUAACUGCAAAAUUGGGGUUUUCAAAUCAAAAAUUUGAAUGUGAUACCACAAAUUGUUUAUUAGAUACUGGAGAAAAAGUUUUACAUUAUUAUAAAUUAAAUCAUAAUUUAAAAGUUUAUUUUGGUGCAUUAAUAAUUUGUUUAUUUAUUUAUAGAUUUAUAGCAAUUUUUAUUUUAACUAUAAGAGUUAAAAUUUUUUUAUAA